AUGGAAGGGCUGUGGUCAACUUUGCAUUACAAGUUAAAUGACCACGGGGGGAAUGCACUUUUGGCGCGCGUCAAAUGUCAAGACGUCCCUUUUUGUGACGGACGGACGAGGAAGGAAAACCACUACGCUGUUUCCAACAAAUCGAAGCAGAAAGAUUGCACAGUGACGACUUCGAAAGAAUUAUACCACUGUCUCGAAUUUAAGAAGAACGAAAAAGUAACCUACAACAUGACAGUCAACAGUGUGAACAAAAAGAACUUCGCAAAAAAAGAGUCCUUACCAUUCGCAGCAACCGAUAAUGAACCCCCCCCAGGGAGAGAAAAUAAUAACGUACCCAACGCUCUAAUGAAGAGAAUAUUAAAAGACACAUUUGAUAUGAAGCACUCCAUAAAUUCAAUCAAAUCAAUUUUGUGUCCCAUUUUAAUUUUCCACUCUGAGAAUUAUUCUUAUAAAAAUUCGAGUUCAUAUAUUUUGCUGGACAAUGCGAAAGAGUGUCACAAGAAGGCAGCUUUUUUAUUUGAUUUCAUGAACGAAGAUUUUGUCACGGCCUUUAAGAAGGAAAAUUUUGGUACAAGUACCGCGGCAGACAAACAACCAAAUAGUUCUAUUAAUAGGGAACAGAGACAAAACACACGUAGUAAUUUAGAAGAAAUAUGUAGCUGUAGAUUUUAUUCAACAUUUGGCGAAAUUGAUGAUAACAACCUUAACGUACCUCUUAUCAAUAGUGUCACAAAUACACUUCAUUACCAAGGGGUGCAACUUAAGUUAAGCCCCAAGAUACAGGGAAGAUUCUACCUAAUAUCAAACUCACAGUUAUAG